GGGGGAGAACCUACCAGAGCCCAGGUUAUCCAGGCUCCAGUUUGGCUGACGCCAUGACUGACGUCACCAGCCUUGCCGCAGGCCUGACUGGUGUGGUCAGCGUGAGGAGGCCAUUGUGGUAAGUGUGAGGGUGCGGCUGACACGCAGGACGUGUGCUCAAGCUGUGGACUGAGCAUAGCAGAUGGGGCAAGGCCGUACGGCUAGUGUGACGACAAGCGUGGCAUCUGUGUGGGUGACGUGGAGGGUGUUCUGGGUGUGAGGGGCACCCUAAGGCAUUGGGAGUGGCAUGACGUGUCUCCCUUUCCCUCCCCGACUGUUGCACAGAGCCCCAAUUACAAGUUCAUGAGGAAGAAGCCACUACCCUCCAUCUCCUCCAAGUCUACCAUAUCCCACCUCUCCAACCCCUUGUACGAGGAGCUCGUCAGCUACUUGGUGGAGCAGGUCGUGUCCUUGCUCAUCUACAAGUACAAGUUCGAGAAGAACCUCUCCAAGCAGCUGGGCUUCAUCUCCUUCCCUGUCACUGAGACGCUCAUGGACCUCUUCCUGGGCUUCAAGAAGGUGAAGGGCUCCCGCAUCUGCCUGUCCUCAAAGAUCGACUGGAGCUGUCUGCUGCGCAGGCUGGAGGAGGCCGAGUGGGCCCGGCAGCUGUCCAGACAAGCAUCCCAGCAUGACUCCGCCUCCCAGCGCAGCUCCCACCACGGCACCAUCCACUGUGGGGCCCCGCACCACGGGGCCCCCCACCACGGGGCGCCCCACAGCAGCAUGGAGUCCCUCUCCACGCUGCUGGAGCCGGCCACCCAAGCGGAUCAGGAGGAGGCCACGGAGUUCAGCUUUGACAGUGAGUUUCCCGAUUCUCAGCUGCCCACGGCUCCGGAGGAUACUACAGCCGAGGAGCAGGAACCCGCGAGCCAGCAAGAGCCCAAGCCCUCCGUGUUCUCCGGCCCAGGCAUGGGCUCUCAUCAGCAUCAGGAAGUAGUAGACAUGGACAGUCAGAGUGAUGAGGAGGAAGAGGAUGAGCAGGAGGAGGAGGAUUUCCUAGGGGAAAAUGGCCCAUCCCAGAGCUCCCCCAAGCCUCAAGUGGAGAUGGGGCUCAGCCACUCCACAAACGUGGGCCGCAGCGACCCUCCGUGAGGCCCCCUGUAAGCUGCACCCAGCACUUGAUUCCCUGCUCCUCUCUUGCUCCAAUGGACUGCUGCCCUGCCCCCCCGCCCCCAGCCGGUCCCUGCCCUGAGCAGAGGUCAGGGUGGGCUGGAUGCCCACGAGGAGCUCUGCUGGCCUGUCAGGGGAGCCAGUGGGGGAAAUAAAGCUAGUGUUGAUGGAGCACAGUUUUCUCGACCAGAGAUUGCAGCCCCACUUCUGCAGGCCUGAGCACCUGCCCUGGAGUAACACCUCCGGCAGGCCUUCCUGACAGCUGCCGUGCUCCGACCCCCUGACCUAACGUGCUCUGCUUGAAUACAAGUCCCUGCUCCGGGCUCUUCCUCCACUCCAGUGUGCACCUUCCUGGCUCUUCCAGCCUCUUAGGACUCAUGGUCUCUUUCCCUAACAGUCCCUGUGCAUCAUGGUCCUGCUUCCAGAGGGCUCCUCCUCUGCCAGGGCAGCAUCAUGCUCCCUCUGACAUGCUGCACCCUCACGUUCCUCUCGGGGAACCAUGCAGUCGCCCUUUCCUGAUGCCCCCUGUCUUUCUAAUUUGUAUUUCCCAUCUCCAACUCCCGAAUCUGGAGGGUCCAAGCUAGGUCCCAUGAGGGCUGCCGGUCUGGCAAACUGUGAGUUGGCUGCCCCAGGCUGGCCAUGUGAUUACCCCCUUUCAGCAGUGCCCCUGGGCCAGACAGCUCUCUCUGGAAGGGUCUGCAGACUUGGCUGCUGUUGUGAUUGGCAGGUCUCAUCUCCAAGGUUCUCCUGGGGCUUCUGGCCAUCCUGUGCCACCAGCUCAGCACCCUCUCCCUCUCUGCCUUCCCAGGGCAGCCUUUUUGUUCCCCAAUCCAGGCAUCUUCACCCAGGGAUCCGCUUGACCUCUCACCACCACCCUGUCACCCUUGUGGCCAAGAGAGCAUGUGAAGAUGCUCCACUCUGCCUUGCUGUGUAGGCUGCCAGUGCAGGGAGACUGGCAGGUGUCCCACACCUCCCCCUGGAUCCCGCCUGGGUGAAUCCCACCAGAGCCCAAGUCUGCUGAACCCAGCCUGACCGUGCUCAGUGGCCCACGUGUGAAGACAAAGCGAUUAUAGAGCUGCUCCGGAGCCGGGCAGGGAGGACCUUCCACACCACAUCCAUGCUCUGCAAUUCGGGAGGAAACACUUCCUCUGCUCCAGUCAAGAGGGACCGGGGCCCUAAGGUGGGUGGGUCAGGGACCCAUUGUUCCAGAAAGCUCUUGUGGCAAGGAUCUUUUAGGGCAUAUGCUCAGCUCAUAAGGCCCAUUCCCUGAGGCCACCCACUGCCACCACCACUGUAGUGUAGGGCCACAACAUUCUUGUACCUUCUUGCCAUACCACUUGGCCACAGUUGAUUAGCCCUCUUGAUACAUCCCUAUUCCAAGCCAGGCCAGUCAGGUAUUUUUUCCCCAGGAGCUGGUAAUUGGGAUGGACCGAGAGAUUUUUUUUUAAGUUUAUUUUUAGUAAUCUCUCCACCUAACGUGGGGCUUGAACUCACAACCCGGAGAUCAAGAGUCACAUGCUCUUCCAAAUGAGCCAGCCAGGAGCCCCAAGAUAGACUGGGAGAUUCUGGCGCAAUUUGCACUGAUCGCUAAAGACCAGUGUGGACAGUGUGGCGCGGCCAUCUCCCAGCCCUCCCCAGAGAGGCAAGAAAUUCUGUCUGGGGCGCCUGGGUGGCUCAGUUGGUUAAGUGACUGCCUUCGGCUCAGGUCAUGAUCCUGGAGUCCCGGGAUCGAGUCCCGCAUCGGGCUCCCUGCUCAGCAGGGAGUCUGCUUCUCCCUCUGACCCUCCCCCCUCUCGUGUGCUCUCUCUCUCUCAUUCUCUCUCUCUCAGAUAAAUAAAUCUUAAAAAAAAAAAAAGAAAGAAACUCUGUCUGCAUAAAAGAGCCUGGGGCAGGGGGGGAAGAAAAGAGCCUGGAGGGGAGCCCUAGGGCUCUGAGACACGGUAGCCUGCACGAUACCUGCCAACUUUCCAAGGCUCUCUGCCAAGUCCUCAAGGGGGGGGGAAGAGAACAUAUCCCCACCUUGGCCUCAGAAGCACAUAUCUAGAGAAUGUGAAGCAAGAAACACUAGUCCUCUUGCAGCUUGUGCUCUGAAGUCCCAAAACAGCAUUUCUGUGCCAUUUUCUUGGUCAAAGCAAAUUGCCAUGCCGGCCCAGAUUCAGUGUUUUGAUGAGAGAGUCCAUGUCUUGAUGAGAGAAGCAGCUUACACCUAUGGGGAUGGGAGGAAUUGUUCCUAGCCAUAUUUGGAGGCCAGCUUACCACCCCCCCGCUCCCCGCCCCGUAGCUGAUUG